UUAUCACUAAUUUUUGACAACAAAAACAUCUGUUAUUGGCAUCGUGCGUGCAUACAUGCAUGGUUACAUGUGGCGUUGUGCUUUAUAUGCUCAAAUCCACCCAUUCUGCAUGCGCCGCUGUUUUCUAUCCCUUUUUUGGCAAUGCCUCUUGCCAUGUAGCAAUGGGAUUCCGCCUGGCGAUUGCCAUGGGAUACCACCACCACGAUGCAAAGCUACGCGCCGGCCCGAUGCAGAGCUCAUCAGAGAUAGCUCACCGCGAGACAUGUCGCCGCGCAUUCUGGGGUGCAUUCCUUCUUGAUCGCUACACAGCCAUCGGCGGCGGCAAGGCGCUGGGCAUAAACGAUGAUGACAUCUCGGUACUUCUGCCCCUGCGCGACGAGGACUGGCAGACACCCGACGUUGCGCCGCCGCUCUCUGCGCUUGAGUUUUUUAAGCCAGUGAAUCUGCACGCGGCCAAGAGCGCCACAUCGACAGAGUCACCCAGCACGGCAAAUCGCUCUGCAAAAAACCAAGAGGGCCACGCUUGCCAAAGCAGCUCGAACAGCAGCAUAACUGGCAGCAGCUGCAAUGUCAGCGGGAAUGCCAGUCCGAUGGACCAAAGCACGACGCCCAGCCGACACAGCACGCCGCCGCUCUCGUCCAGCGGCUGGGAUAGCCGCGCCGGGGAGGCAAGCCGCAUGGGAUAUUUUGUCAAGCUCAUGUCGGUAGUUGGCCAAAUAGCGCAAUAUAUUAACACGUCCAAGGCUGGUACCAGCAGCAGCGAUGACACAUCGGCAAAGUCAGGCCGGCUGAGCCCAGGAUACGCCGCGCUGGAUACUGCGUUGAUGCGCUGGAUGGGUGAGCUUCCGAUAACGCUGUCGUACUCCGAGGCCAAGUCGAUGGACACUGAACCUGAGACCGCUGUGUUUAUCUCGUGCAUGCACGCUAUCUACUAUGGCGCUGUAAUCAUGCUGAACCGUGAGAACAUAGGCCUGCUGCGCGACCUUCCCGGUCAACUCGAUGUGUCGACCAACCUGGCCAUCCGUUCUCUCGAGAGGUGUCGCGUGGCGGCCAUGGAGAUUGUCGAGAUCACACACCAUAUCUGCACCCUGCCGUCAGCCAUGACCAACGCGCUCCUGCCAUGGGCGCUCUUCCAAGCCGGCACGCUGCUCAUCCACUUUAUGAUUGCUGGCAGCAUGCCGCAGGCCCAGGAAGAGGCGCGCUCUGCAAUCCUUUCUAUCGACAGCGCGCUGAAAAACGAGCUAUCCCGGUACUGGAGCGUGUCGACAAAGUACCACCUGGUGCUGAGCAACAUGGUCAAGGCCUGGGAGCGCACGCGCCAGUCAACGCCCAGCCAGCAAACCAACAUGAAGAUGCAGACCCAGUCCCAGAACCAGUCGGCGGCAGGCAACUUUGGCAACUCAGCGGUCGACACGUUCCAGAUGAUCAGCGCUCAGACCAAUAUGCCCAUGCAGAUGCAGAUGCACAUGCAGCUCCCCAACUCGAGCCAUAUCGCCGGGUCCCAGCAGGACCGGCAGUCGCAGGCGAACCACGCAGAUGCAUUCUCUACUCUGCUGAAGCCCUUCAGUGCGCCGUCUCCCAGGUCGCUUGGCACUAUCGACGGCGAAAACGCCAUUAGCCACAUGGCCCAUGGCCAAAGCGUACAGCCCAGCUUUUCAUUCACUGCAGACACGGCUCAGGACUCAAUCAAUACGCUGAACGCGUUUUUCUCGCAGCUCUCGCAGGAGCAGGCCCGCCAAUUCAACGAGGGCCUGCAGUCGUACUACGCACUGCAAGGUGGCUCUUCCAAGAUGCUUGACACCAGUAUGGCCAAUCAGAACAUUGGUGCCAUGGAUGUAGCAAAUUCUUCGGCAAACAUUUUUACUGGCAUAUUGAUGAGCUCGACAACACCACAGCAACCGCAGCAGCAACAACAACCGCAGCAACA